GCUUUCCCGAGUUCCUAUUCAGUUUCAACUUUAAAUCGAACGUCGAUAGUCGUGUCUACUUGGUCAACUAUAAUACUCUUGAGAAAGUUUCGGAUGGAAAUGGCUAUCAUCUUCCUCAUCAUCUUUUGGGCUGCCGUUGGCUGCAAUUGCCAAUCGGACAACCCCUUUGCUUCCUCUUCUUGGGCUAAACUGCAAAUCUCACCGGACACGUUAGGUUCCAUGGAGUACGGCAACUUUCUCAUUGAGAUUUACGAACACGCCAAUAAUCACAAAGCGACGACCACCCCCAACCAGAAAAAGUAUUACUACUCUCCCAUUGCGCUACUGGACCACAAAAGUGCCAACAGUACAUACAACAGAGUCACGAAACAAUCAGAGAUGAGAUUCCGCAUUGAAAUGUGGAACAACAAAGUUCAAAAUGAAGUUGUCAAACAUUUGAACGACGUCGGCCAUGAAGUUAAAUCAAACAAAGUGACAGUUAUUCCCUUUGAGAAGGUCAUUCUCACGAGCAAAAGACCCACAGUGGAUUAUUCGCUAUCGCCAGAGUGGACCAAUUAUGACAAGAGCAAAACCUUGAGACUUUCUCUGUCGUGUUAUGACCAGAAAAUCUGCGACGAACUUGCCAACGAAAUGCGAUCCGAUCCCGAACAAUUCGACCACUUUAAACUCCUUUACAGUUUGUCAUCACAGACGUCGCAAAUCAAACAGACGACCAUCAGUAUCAACAGUGUCACUUCCGGUCAAAUGGUCACUACUCUUUUACAGAAAUUUGAAGACAAAAAAGAAAUUUUUCUGACGGCCAACGACGAGAAGAAAAUGUUGUCGGAAACGGCCACCAACAUCCGAAUGGACACAUUUGACGACUCGGAGGUCGGGUCGCCUGAUACGGAAUCGCAAAUUUUGAAUAUUUUAAAGGAUUUGCUGGUCACGUCCAAGGCGACCAUAACUAAACAAAGUGACAAGAUGUGGGACUCUGUUUUCUGGAUUGAAGACAAUUACCGGCCAGACAAAACGACGAAAACUUUGAAUGAAAUCAUCAACAAACUGGACACGGAAACUCAGAAGAAAUUGGCGGACAUGUAUCAAAAAGCGGAGAAACAAUCGGAGAUAACCGAAAAGUCAGAUUCAAGUAGUAAAGGCACGGAUAAAAGACGAGAGAAACAAGUUCGUCACGAAAACCAAACGAAAGAUAAGAAUGAAAAUGAAAUGAGAAGAUCACAAUCAACGGAUCAAGAGCAAUCCAGCCGCAAUCAAACGCGCGAUGACCAAUCUAAAACCAAUAAAGUUGACGCGGAAGUCAGUGGCGGUGGGUUCUUCUUUAGUUUAGACGCUGAAGUCGGAGUCGAAAAUAACAACACGCACAACACCGAACAAGAAAACGAGAAUAGGGAAAUCGCCAAGAAAAGUUCGAAUGAACAUAAUAGAAAUGUAGAGAAUAAAGAAAGAUUCCAACACAAUUAUGACUCAAACAGUUGGGCUGACGUGGAUAGAAUCAGUUCAACAAUUUCAGGGAAAAUGGCAAUCGAUUCAGACAGAUCCCGUCGAGUCGAAAUUUCGGAGGAGGACGUGGAAAAGUUAUUGCAAGAAAGUAGAAACCACGUCCAAUGGGACGGAGAAAAAUUCGUGCCCAAACCGAUGCAACUGAGCAGAAUCAAUUUGGGCAAAUUUCGUGACUCUCAAACGUUCCAGGAUCGCAACGUCCGUGUCCGUUACACAAACGCUGAACUGUCGGCGCCGAUCAAAAUUAUGGAACACGCAGAAUUGACUGUCACUGACGAAUGGAACAACCUGAAGGAGGAACUCAAAGACACUAGAGAACUGCUAAGAACAACUGUGGCGAACUUGGAGAAGAGGAGUACCGAAUUAGAUAACACCAGAAUCUAUUUUACUAACAAAUUGGAAGCGACUAACCAGAAGUUGGCGAAAACUAAAAUCGAGUUGGAGAAAUCGACGGCCGAUUUAAGGCAAACCGUCGAUAUUUUAACAGUAAAACUAAAUUUGACGGCAAAAGAAUUGACAGAAACGAACAUCAGCGCCGGAAAUUUGUCAACGGAACUAAAAGCAACACAAAAGGAGAUGGAGGCCACCCAAAGGACAUUGGAAUCAACUAGGAUCGAACUGCGUGACACGAAUUCCAUCGUCAAUGAUCUGUCGGAGAAAUUAAACGCCAGAACUAUUGAAAUAGCUGACAUUGGUAAAAUACCAACCUCCUGUGAAGAUCUUAAUCGCAUGGGACACGAAAUCAGCGGAAUCUUUUUGGUGAAAGGACCGAAAAAGAUGGAAGCGGUGUAUUGCAACUUUGACUCUCAAAGUGGAAAUGACAAGCAAAAAUGGAUCGGAUACGCCGACGUCAAAUCCCAUCCCGUCCAUUUCUACGUCCAGAGGAAUUCUACAUUUGAAACCAAUGGGACCCCAAUUCCGUUCGAUUUGGCGUGGGUGAAUGAAGGAAACGCCAUGAAUUUAACUUCGGGAGUUUUCACGGCGCCGCGUACGGGAACUUAUUUCUUUUUCUUCACGGGAGUGGCGACAUUUCCAGUUUCGGCAGGUCGUGCUCAGCUUGGUCUUCACCUGAACGGAGGUGAAAUCGGAAAGAGUGUGAUUGAAAAGGCAAAUGUCCUCCUUCGUCAAUGGAGUGUCUUGUCACUCCAAUCAACGCUAAGCUUGAAAUCGGGUGAUCAAGUUUGGGUGCAGAUGGAUGUCACAUCGUGGUCGUACAUGUACGACAGCAGUGACCACCUGACACAUUUCACUGGGUUCAUGUUGGACGAGGAAAUUGUAGAGUCCCUUUGAGAAUUUUUUGUUUUUAAUACUUCUAAAAGCGCAAAAUGGGAAUCAACUAACACUGACUCGCAAAUUCAUUUUCUUAAUAGAAAAAUACGAGGUAUAGUUAAGGGAAAAGAAGAAAAUGAAUUUUACUCAUUUAAUUUUGGGAUGGGAAAUUCUCUCCAAAACUUUUGCCUUUUAUUUUCUAGUAGCUAUAAUGGGUUGAAAAAUCAAUCACUUCUGUGUUUAAGAAUGGGAUUUUUUUUCUACUGCAUGCGCAUGGCAUUUGUAGUUGAGUAUUUGUGCAGAAAAAUUCACGGUUUUUAUCAUGGAAUCACGGUUUUGCACGGUUUUGUAACAGGCUUUUUGCUUCAAAAAUAAACGAAAGAAAAUGAAAACUCGUGUUGAUUGCCAGAUCUA